GUAAUGUUGGUUUUCUAAUAAUCCAUAAUUAUAUCGACAAAACUUAACAACAAAUAAACCUGUGAUAUACGUAUUAUAUCCACUUCAUAAUUUUACGUUUUCCUAGUCAAUACGGUGCAAACAAUUUUCUCGAUAAGAUAACACACACUGUGAUGACAGUUCCAUGAACUAUCAUACUUUCAACGAAAUAAUGUUUGAGCAUAAGGAUGGUACUGUGCGUACCGGAGGACACCAGUACGUAAUGACUUACUCUGGAGGAGUAAAAUUGAUUGAACAGAUUUUGAGCGCCACAUUAGUCUGUUUAUUAUUAUUUGGGGGACAACAAACUAAAACGUAUUUCUUGUUUGGGGUAGCAGCAUUUUCUCUAGUUCUCGCCGGAAUAUUGACGUUGAUCCACGUUUUUACAAGUUUGGAAAGAACGUUUUCACCUUUGUAUUGGAUUGAGUUUGGGUUUUCAUUGAGUCUUGGAUUUUUGUUUCUACUCGCCUCGACAGUCGUUUGGACUUUGAAUACUCAGUGGUAUAUCAUAGUUUCGGUAAUUGGAUAUGGUACAUCUGUAGUGUUUUUCGUCGAUACCAUUAACCAGUUUCAGUUGGCGAAGAGUCCAAGAGCCAGAUAUGUUUGGAGUGUUCCAAAUAUGCCUACAUAAAUUUUAUGCACUUAUUUAUUUUUUAAUAUAGUAUGUUGUAAAUAUUGUUGAUCAUUUACUAAAAUUAAAAUUAAAAUAGGCAAGAAAAGUAAUUAAAAUAGGAUGUAUCAAUUACACAAAAAAAAUUGAUAAACUUGACGUCAAUUUGAAUGCUGGAAAAUAACAUAGAAAAUGAACAAUAUUAAAGUUGUUUCAAUUGUUAAAUAAUGUAU